GGAAAAACAGAAAUUGUAAAUUUCUAACACGAAAACCGCCGGUGGCGGAGCUUGCAAACAUGGCGCCCUCGCAUUUCUCGCCCCUCUCGGCCAGGGCGGCGCUCUCUUCCUCCGCCUUCCACGCCCUCUUCAAGUCCUCCUCUCGCUUCUCUUGGAAAUCCACCGGGAAGUUGCAGCAGACUCUUGCCGGAAGCAUCGAGAAGACGGGCGUGGGUCUGCACUCCGGCAAGGUCUCGACGGUGAAGAUACGGCCGCAUCUCGCCGGCGGCGGCCGGUGCUUCGAGCUCCAGUCCCGCUUCGUGCCGGCGUCGAUCGAUCACGUGGAGGAAUCGCCCCUCUGCACCACCCUCUCCAAGGACGGCUACAGAGUCCGUACCGUCGAGCACUUGCUUUCCGCUCUGGAGGCCACCGGCGUCGACAAUUGCCGGAUCGAGGUCGUCGGCCUUGAUGCUGGAGAUCGCGAUGUCGAGGUUCCUAUUUUAGAUGGAUCAGCAGGUGAAUGGGUGGAGGCUAUAGAAGGGGUUGGUUUAAAGGUGGCGAAAGAUGCUUCUGGGAACAGUCUUGAGAAGAUGGCGCCAUAUUUGGAUGAACCAGUGCAUGUCUGGAGGAAUGAUUCUUUUGUGGUUGCAUUCCCCUCAUCACAGGUCCACAUCAGCUGUGGGAUCAACUUUCCACAUGUCCCAUCUAUUGGCUGCCAGUGGUUCUCUGCUUCUAUUGAAUAUGACUCCUUUUAUAAAAGGGAAAUUGCUCCUUCACGAACCUUUUGCGUUUAUGAGGAGGUAGAGAAAAUGCGCAGUAGUGGAUUGAUAAAAGGAGGCUCACUAGAAAAUGCCUUGGUUUGUAGUGUAGAUAAAGGUUGGUUGAACCCGCCAUUGCGUUUCAAUGAGGAACCAUGUCGCCAUAAGGGCUUGGAUCUUAUUGGCGAUCUUUCUCUUUUUGCACGGUAUGGUAGUCAAGGGCUUCCUGUGGGACAUAUAGUUGCUUACAAGAGUGGCCAUGCGCUGCAUGCUGGGUUUUUACGCUGCUUGUUAUAGCUUGCAAGUGAGAUUGGCUAACUGUGCUCAAGAUGUCCCAGAUUAAAGGCCCAGUCACGAUGCAAGGAACUAGACCAUAGAAUAUGAUUUUUAAUCUCCAAGAUGAAAUACUGUAAGAGCAGCAGUUUGAAUGCUUUAGGGAUCAUCUUGACAUCAUUCUAACAUUAUUCUGCUCAAAGCCAAGUAAUAAUCUUCUUGAUAAGAACAAUUUAGUGGUCUAUCACUAUAAGAUGUCUAGAUGCUUGCACCCAGAGGUGUCCCUGCGGGUGACAUUAACUAUUCACCAAUUUCGAGAAGAUGCACCAACUGCAUAAUGUUCAGAAGCAGUUGCUGUCUGACCAGAGGACUCAGCUACGAUCAGAACCAUAUGUUGAAUAGAGCUGCAUUAAUAUGGAGGGUUCUCGCUAUUUGGAGCAAAAGUAUCGGUCAGCCUAUUAUUGUGGGAAGUUGAAGUUAGCUCUCCUCCCUGAUGCAACUACGGGCAACUUGGGGGAAACUCUGCCAGGAAGAAGGCUUUGCUUGUUUGUGGAUGACUUUUAAGUCUCAAACAUAGCACCUGAGCUCAUUCCUCGUAGACAUGCACUCUUGAUUACGGUCUUUCUAUCAGGAUUAGAAGGAGAUUAUCUAUGAUUGCUGGAGUUUAGGACAGGAACUAUUGUUAGCUAGUGAUGGCUAUUGUUUAUCACUUGGUACCUCAUAAAAGCAUCUGUAUGACCUCAUAUUUGUGGGCCGCCGAGAUGUAUCGUGAAAUGGAAAUACUUGGGCAUAUGUUUGCCUAUGUUUUCCUCAACAUUAUUGUCUUCUUCCCUUUUCUUACCUGUUCUCUUCCUUCGCGACAACUCCAAACCUUAUUUUAUUAUUUCUUUCAAAAUAUUAAGCUGGUAUUCUGGUGCAA